CUUUUAUUCUGAAGGUCACGAGCUCAUAGCAACAAUCAGCUGAUCGUUGACAGCUGGGUUUCGGUGUCUUUGACGUCGCCUCUGAUGUGAGAACCGAAAUUUGGACAUUAUAGUUAAAGGUGCUGAAAGUUAACUGAAAAGUCAAACCAGGCAAAACAAACACUGACAUGGCGCCGACACUGUUUGAUGAGAAACCAGAGCUCGGGGACUUGAUUGAAAUCUUCCGAGGCUCCUAUCAGCACUGGGCUGUGUAUGUAGGCGAUGGCUUCAUUGUUCACUUGGCACCACCCUCUGAGGUCCCGGGUGCCGGCGCCAACAGUAUGAUGUCUGUUUUUUCUGAGAAGGCCAUGGUGAAGAAAGAAGAGCUGUGGGAUGUGGUGGGAACCAACCAGUGGAAAAUCAACAACAGCCUGGACGAUGAGUACAAGCCCCGCCAGGCUGGCGUCAUUGUGAGGGAUGCCUGUGCGAUGGUUGGCGGCGAGCUGCCGUACUGUGUCUUCAGGGGGAACUGUGAGCACUUUGCAAACGAGCUGCGCUACGGAAAAGCCGAGUCCAGGCAGGUGCGUAAGGCAGGAGAAACCGUCAUGUACGCAGGUGUGGCUGCAGCGGUGGGUCUGGGUAUCGUGGCUCUGGCAGGAGCUCUGUUUGGAGGCGGCAAAAAAGAAAACAAGAACACAUAGUAAUACACGUCCCAGGUCGCCUGUUCAGGGACUCGAGGAAAAGAUCACCAGCCAUGCCAAACUGUUCUUCUCACGAUCACACACAGAAAACUCUGACUAAUGUACAUCUUGUGAUUUUUAUCCAAACAUUUGCUUGAUUUAUACUCAACUUUACCUCCAUAAGUCCGGCACGCCUUCUUUGGUUUGAAUAACAAUGUAAAGCUUGUUGGUUUGGGAUCUAGGCCCUGUACUUCCCUGACUUUUUAAACAUUUCUAGCACACACAACACAAACUAUUUACAAUAAUUAAGCUGCCAAGAAGGAAUAUGGUUAAAGUAGGUAGGUUUUUUCUAUUGAUAUAAAUAAAAUAGCAUGUAGUUGUUUUUGAAGAAAUUAUAUUAGCUACUUGAGUCAAACUAAGACAAGAAGAAUAUUUUACAUAAUCUAUUUAUAUCAAUUAAAUUCAAAGGUCACCUCACAGAAGAACAAUGUAAUGUCGAAUGCACAACGGCCUUGAUGAACUAAUUCAACGUGCAGAUUUCAUGUCUAAUGAUUUCAAAUUGACUAGAAAAUCACUUUGUCUUCCUCUGACAUUUAAUUGUUUGUAACUGUUUUAAAUAAAGAAUACUUUGGGUGAUUUCUGGAUGGUGUCACCAACCUCA